UAUAUAUAUCUAUAAAUGUAAGCUCUGGCCUCUGGCACUGCUCUGCAGUCUACUCCCAAUUCCCAAACCAGAAUUAUUGGACGGUGCAUGCCAUGACACCCCUCGACUGCGACAUGCCUCCUGCAGCUUCCUGCAAGAAGCGCCUCUCGCCGUCGCGGCCUCUCCCUAACCGCUGCUUGCUGAUCUUGAUCGUUGCACUGGCGGCCGCCGCCGCGGUGGCCAGCGCGCAGCUGUCGUCGGAGGACUACUACGACGCCUCCUGCCCCGCCGCCCUCUUCACCAUCCGGACCGCCGUCUCGACGGCCGUGCUCCUGGACCGCCGCAUGGGGGCCUCCCUUCUCCGCCUCCACUUCCACGACUGCUUCGUGCAGGGUUGUGACGCGUCGGUGCUGCUAGACGACACGGCGAGCUUCACCGGCGAGAAGGGGGCGGGGCCGAACGCGGGGUCGCUUCGCGGCUUCGACGUGAUCGACAACAUCAAGAUGCUGCUGGAGCUGCUGUGCCCGCAGACCGUCUCCUGCGCCGACAUCCUUGCCGUCGCCGCCCGCGACUCCGUUGCACAACUGGGAGGACCAUCGUGGUCGGUUCCCUUGGGCAGGAGGGACGCCACCACGGCGAGCGCGUCCCUGGCCAACAGCGACCUGCCCGGACCUACCAGCAACCUCAACGGCCUUCUCAACGCUUUCUCCAACAAGGGUUUGAGCAGCACCGACAUGGUUGCCCUCUCAGGUGCCCACACCGUCGGCCGGGCGCAGUGCAAGAACAUCCGGUCGCGGAUCUACAACGACACCGACAUUGACGCCACCUACGCGGCGUCGCUGCGGGCAAGCUGCCCCGCGCAGGCCGGCGGCGCCAGCGACGGCGCGCUCGAGCCGCUCGACGACGCCACGCCGGACGCCUUCGACAACGCCUACUUCGGCAACCUGCUCUCCCAGCGCGGCCUGCUCCACUCCGACCAGGCGCUCUUCGGCGGCGGCGGCGCGACGGACGGCCUGGUCAGCACCUACGCGUCCAGCGCCGACCAGUGGGGGAGCGACUUCGCCGCGGCCAUGGUCAAGAUGGGCAACAUUAGCCCGCUCACCGGCACCGACGGCGAGAUCAGGGUCAACUGCCGGAGAGUGAAUUAAUUAGCUAGCUCACAAACACAUUGCAUUGAUUGCAUCGUCUGUGUGUAUAUUUUGCAAAGAGGCAGAGAAGAAUUGAAGUGGAGGUCUAAGCUCAUAUGUAUACAACUAUUGUAUACUAUUCAAUAUUAUUUCGUGCAAAUAUAUACGAAGUGACUUGAUAUUGUUGGAAAUGGUUUAAGUCA